AUGAGUUCCGAACAGCAGCCUACUGUGUCUAUGAUCAUGCCCCUACAACACACCAUCCUGACAUCAAUGAAACACAGUGACACAGAUUCAACAAUUGUAAAGGAUGUUAAAUCUGCUAUAGAGGCAAACUUUGAAGAGAGGUAUUCAGACCCAAGACUUCAACAGUUCCUGAAUGAGAGCACUGCCUUGGAUCCUAGGUUUAAGACUUUACCCCACCUGGAUGACAAAUCUCGGAAUGAGAUCUUUAAUUGUCUGGAGGAGAAAAUUUUGCAAGAGCACCCCACACAGUGCUCAAUAGCACAGAGAAUGGAGUGUUGUGACUCUGUCUCCAACAAUGGAGCGUCUGGCCCCCACACACAACAGCCUCCUGGGCUCUGCAGACCACUGGCCCCCAGUCCACUCCUGCUGGCCAGAGAUCAAGCCAUUCAUCGGAGCACAGUGAAUCUGUCCAAGCAGGGUGGACUAGUGGGGCAGGCUGAGGAGGAGAGACUUGCAGGGAGGCAUGAAGAAAGAGUUAGGGAAAAACAGGUAAAUGAAUGUUCAACUAGAGAGAUGUUAAAAGAAGCAACUGAGAAGGCAGAUGAGAAGGCAGUGGAGAAGGCAGAUGAAGAGGAAGAAUGUGAUGAUGUGGAGAGGCCUAUUGGAGAGAUCCUAUACCAGCCUGAUGGAUCUGCCUAUGUGAUGGAGAGUAGAAUUACUAGUGUUAAGCCCUCCUCCUCAUUAGGUGCCCCAUCCUCCAUUAGAGCCUGUUACAUUUCCUCAUUUGAAAGCCCCACUCCACAGAUUUUUCAUGUCUUCCAAUUGCAUAACCUCGACGAUGGUGAGGGUCUAGCUCUGGUGACCCGCCAAUCCAAAGAUAGUGCUCCUGACGUGGCAGGAUCAUCAGAGACAGAAGUGACAUGGUCCGGUCCAACCAAACACAUCCUGAUGUGCUUUCUGUGUCGGCUGUCCUUUGGCCGUACACACUCAUUUAGGGCUCAUGCUUCUCGGCAACACAAUAUCACCUUCAGUGAUGAAGAACAACAUCUGCUCUCAUUUAAACACACCUCUGCCAUCUUACAGCCUGCCGGCCCAGGCAAUCGGCCACUCCUCUGUUUCCUAGAACAAAAAAGGAAUUGUGAGUCUAUGGUACCAUUUAACCUGGAAUCUCUGACUUCUGGGAACAGCACAGAGGACACGGCAAGACUGAAAGAAAGUGAAGAGGCUCUGACCUCUAAGCCUGGACUCCCUCUCCUGCCCUGUUCACCCAGAACCUCCCCUGCUACCUCAGUACCAAGCCCUGCCAAAGACCUUUCAACCCUGGGAAGAGAGGGCACACAAAGGGGCAAGGAGGAUGAGAUAAGAAAGAAUGGAGGAAGUAGUGAGGUAAGAGAAAGGAGAUUGUGUUUAGAGGUAGGCAGCACUGUAGAUAAUGGUGCUCACAGUAUUAGCAGCAGUAGCGGACAAGAGCACAUUACUGAAGCUGCUCUGUCAAACCAAAGCAUUUCAAAACCCCCAAACUCUGUAACAACAGCAACCAGCUUUAUGAACAACACCAAAACCCUUUCAGACUCUGAGUCAGAGUGUGGAACUAGCUUUAACUGCCACGACCCUGCACCUGCUUUCCUUGUUGUGGUAAACCCAUCCACUGUCUCUUCUACAGAACAACUUGCCCACCAAGAGAGUGGCACAGCAACAGAACCAAAUGAUCAUUUAGAUAAAGGUAGCGCCAUAGCAAUGGAAUCUGCCGCCAGGUUGUCUGAAGAUAACAAACAUGUCACUCAUUGUGACCUGCCCAAUAAUCAUAGCCAUUCCACAUCGCCUACUCUAAGUCCAACCUUAACCCAGACUGGUCAGCCUACUCUUGAAGAAGGGCACCCAGACACGGCCUCUAGAGGAAGGUUGGUGGUGGCUGGUGAUGGAGGCUUCGUUGCAGCUGGAGACGAUGUCCAAGGAACAUCUUUCACUUUUGGCAUUCAAGCCACUCUGGUACACACCAGAAAUUCCUGCAAGACAUUGAAAUGUCCGAAAUGCAACUGGCACUACAAGUAUCAGCAAACUCUUGAGGCCCAUAUGAAGGAGAAGCACCCAGAGUCAGAGUCUGAACAGUGCCCAUACUGCAGCAGUGGGCAAAGCCACCCGCGCCUAGCAAGAGGUGAAACAUAUUCUUGCGGAUACAAGCCCUUCCGCUGCCAAGUCUGCCAAUAUUCCACCACCACCAAAGGCAACUUGAGCAUCCACAUGCAAUCGGACAAACACCUCAACAACAUGCAGAGCCUGCAGACGCAGUCACAUGCGCACAGCCCAGCAUCCCAGCCCAACCCUUUAACCCAUUCGCAUUCUACUCUCACUCAUCCCACCCAAGCCAACUCCCCCUCUCCAUCUAAGCUCCGAGGUCAUGCGUCGUGGCGGUGCGAAGUCUGUGACUAUGAAACCAAUGUGGCACGGAACCUCCGAAUCCACAUGACCAGUGAAAAGCACACACACAAUGUGCUUCUACUGCAGCAGAACCUGGCACACAUGCAACGUCAACGUAAGCACAAUGCCACUGAACUUUACCGUGUCUGCCAACCUCAGACUAAACUGCCCGAUGCCAUCACUCCUCUGUCCUGCAAUGAAAUCUCCUCACAGAAACUCUUUGAAUGCAUUCUAUGUUGCUGCUUUUCUUGUGACACUCUAGAGGAGCUAAGUCAACACCUGACCAUGCAGCGAUCAUUACCCAAUUCCUACUGGAGGAGCACAACCGGAGACACCCAUCAUUGUCGCCUUUGCCAUUAUGCAACACCUUUGCGGGCUAACUUCCAACUGCAUUGCCAGACAGACAAACACUUACAGCGCUACCAGCUAGCUGCACACCUUCGAGAAGCCAAUGGUCAACAUGGAAACAGCGAGGAGGAGGAGGAAGAAGAGUGGCGCCUCAGGUGUGUUGCUGCUGGAAGUCAAGUGCAGCUCAGGUGCAAUGCUUGUGACUACGAGGCGAGUAGUUUGGAGAAACUGAAGCUACACACCAUGAACUCCAGACAUGAGUCAAGCCUGAGACUAUAUAAGUAUUUGCAGCAACUGGAUGGAGAGGAGUCUGACGAUGUCUGGCUGCACUGUGUGCUGUGUGAUUUCUCCACUCAGAACAGCCUUUCUUUAGUGCAGCACUCCCAUUCAUUGAGCCACCAGAGAGGGGAGGGGCUGCUCAGACUACAGCGAAUCCAGAAGGGUCUGCAGGAUGGGGAGGAGCUUGGUGCCAUCUUUACAAUCCGAAAAAGCUCUGCUCAAGAAAAUGGAGAUCAGAAUGGAAUGGACUCUCCCACUGAGGCUAAACUUAGACAGGAAGACAGAAAUAUGAAUGGAGACAGAACGGAGAAAAAAUCAGAAGGAUUCAUUCAAAUGGAGGUGGAGCAAAAUGAGUCGUCUUGCAGUCCUCAGCAUCCGUCAUCUGGAUCUGACGAGUCAGCUGAGCCAUCUCCCUGCAAAUGGCCACGAAUACAGGAAGAGACGCGGCAGUGUCCAUUCUGUCAGUUCCAUCAUACUGAUAUUGAGCAUCUAAGGAGUCAUGUGAUGAACCAGCAUGCAGUUCAGCCAGUGGUCCACUGUCCACUGUGCCAAGACACACUGCACAGUAUUGCCCUCUUGUGUACCCACCUCACACAUCUGCACAGUGUCACUGCUGACUGCACUCAGAAGCUCAUCAACACGGUGAUUGCUUCAGAUGUGCUGCCAGAGAAGAUGUUUUUACCGGUGCACAAGCUGAUAAAUGCUAAUGAAACAAAGAGACUGGAUGAAAAUUCAGCCGAUGCUGAACCUGAGAUAGGUACAACACCUCACUUGGAUGCAGCUAAAAUCUAUAAACAACCAUCAGAAGAUGCAGAAUCCACAAAGGAGAACAAUGCUGCUUUUCCUUGUUGGCAGAAAGGCUGUAACAAAGUCUUUACAUCCUCAAGUGCACUCCAGACACACUUCAACCAGCUUCAUAGCCAGAAAUCUCCAACAGCAAUGUCUGAUCGGCACAUUUACAAGUACCGGUGCAAUCAAUGUAGCCUGGCAUUCAAAACCCCUGAAAAGUUGCAGAUGCAUUCUCGGUACCAUGCUAUCAGAGCUGCGACCAUGUGCUGCCUCUGUCAACGCAGUUUUCGUACAAUGCAGGCCCUCCGGAAACACUUUGAGACAAGCCACCUGGAGCUAAGUGAAACCCAGAUACAACAGCUUUACGGUGUUUUAAUGAUGAAGGGUGAGACCCUGAUCUGCGUAGACCAAACUUUUGAUGAAGAGGAAGGAUUACCAGAAGAACAUGGGAUGAAAGAUGAUGAAGAAUGUGAUUUGGAGGAAAAACUAAGUCCUACAGAAAAUGAUUCAAGUUUGGUUAAAGAUAAUGUUGAAUGUGACCCCAAACAGCCUGUUUUUCCUCUCAGAAAAGGUCCGAAUAUCACAUUGGAGAAAUUUUUGGAUCCGUCAAGGCCUUUUAAAUGUACGGUUUGCAAGGAAUCUUUCACCCAGAAGAAUAUUCUCUUGGUUCACUACAACUCUGUGUCACACUUACACAAACUUAAACGGUCUCUGCAGGACACGUCAACUGGCUUGCAAGAACCAGUUAACAAUGCAGACCAAAAACCAUUUAAAUGUAGUAUUUGCCAUGUAGCAUAUAGUCAGAGUUCAACCUUAGAGAUACAUAUGCGUUCUGUCUUGCACCAGACCAAAGCUCGUGCAUCCAAACUUGAUUCAUCUGCUUCUAGUUCUGAAUCUCUUGGCCCUACACCAGUCAAGGCAUUGUCCAACACUCCUGCAACCAUGAACAAUGCUUGUCUAAGCCAGCAAAAAAACAAUGAACUCAAAGGCAUACCUGCAAACCCAGACACCAGUCAUCUUUCAACAUCUGAUUUUAGAAACAAGUUGAUAAACAUGCUUGAUUCAGCUUCCAAGCAACAACAGAUUCAGUCAUUACAACAACAGCAGUUAGCCCAGGCUCAAGUCCAUCUCCAGCAAGAGCUCCAAAAAAAGGCUGUUCUUAAUCAGUCCCAUUUAUUCAAUCCUGCACUUUUACACCCUUUUCCUAUGGCAACAGAAGCUCUUCUUCCAGUACAGCAGCAACAGCAAUUGCUUCUUCCUUUUCUUAUUCCAGGAGGAGAGUUUCGCAUGAAUCCAGAGGUAAACCUUAAAGGUUCUGGGUUAAAUGCAAGCAAAAUAAAGCCUACUGUUAAUGAGGAUAUUGCGGAGUCAUCCAAAAAAGAUGUCCCAAAAUAUGGUUCUAAACGGAAACAAGAUGAAGAUAAAAUGGAUGAACAGAAACUUAACAAUGAUCUAACAUUUGAGAAGGAUGUAGAUGGACAAAACAGUAAUGAAGAAUCAAAGGAAAUCGAGAAUGUAGGCACCGGUGAAAAAACACAUGGUUCUAAAACUCAAGAAAAUGAAGACCUACACAAAGAGAUGUCAACCAGUGGGGAGGGUUUUGGUGAGUUUCUUCCACCCAGAAUAGCCCAUGAUGCAUCCGGGAUUGCUUCAAAGGCACUGCUUGAAAACAUUGGUUUUGAAUUAGUCAUGCAAUACAAUGAAGAUAAGCAAAGAUAUCAGAAAAAUCUUACUGAGCCAAUACCAAAUGGCAGGGAUUUGUCGGACACUGAAGAUGUGGGUCAUUCGGAAGAUAUGGAGAAGUUAGAGUGUGAGUCUUGUGGCAAGCUUUUUUCAAAUGCACUGAUAUUAAAGAGCCAUAAAGAGCAGAUUCAUCAUUCCAUAUUCCCUAUCAAGUCAUUGGAGAAAUUUGCUAAAGACUACAGGGAGCAAUACGACAAAAUCUUCCCAUUGAGACUUGCAACUUCAGAUGCUUCUCCUGUCUCAUCCCCUUCUCCUACCCCUCUUGUGAUUCCUAAUUCUUCAGUGCAGCAGCCACAGCCACAACAACCAGUACAACCAAUUAUUCCUGCCUCUACACUCAGUGCUACUCCUGCUACUGUCUCCAUUCCUCAAGUUAAGUCUCCAUUAGCUCAAAUUCCCUUACCCAUGGAACUACCACUCUUACCCCCACUCCUAAUACCUCCCAUACCUUUGCAAGGUUUAACUCCUCAGGUCCCUGUCCUUCUGCCCUCAGUGGAGGCUGGAUUGACUCCUGAUUUGUUGCAGUUUUAUCAACAGCAGUUAAAUCCAGCCAUGUUACAACAAAGUAAAAGGCCUCGAACCAGAAUCACAGAUGACCAGCUUAGAAUUCUGCGUCUGUAUUUUGAUAUCAACAAUUCUCCAAAUGAAGACCAAAUCCAUGAGAUGGCCAACAAAUCUGAUUUGCCACAUAAGGUCAUAAAGCACUGGUUUCGGAACACACUAUUCAAAGAACGUCAACGCAACAAGGAUUCUCCCUAUAACUUUAGUAACCCUCCUGUCACAACACUGGAGGAUAUAAAGGUGGAUUCUAGACCACCCUCUCCUGAACCACCAAGACAAGAGAUUUAUGGAAGUAAGAGGUCCUCAAGAACCAGGUUUACUUACUACCAGCUAAGAGUAUUGCAGGAUUUUUUUGAUGCCAAUGCAUACCCCAAAGAUGAUGAGUUUGAACAACUGUCCAACCUGCUUAACCUCUCUACACGCGUGAUUGUGGUGUGGUUUCAAAAUGCUAGACAGAAAGCUCGGAAGAAUUAUGAGAACCAAGGAGAAGGAGAGAAGGAUAGUGAACGUCGAGACCUAUCUAAUGACCGCUACUUUCGUACUUCCAACAACAAUUUCCAGUGUAAGAAAUGCAACAUAGUUUUUCAGUGCAUUUUUGAUCUUAUUAAUCACCAAAAAGAGCAGUGUUACAAAGAUGAUGAGGAAAUGCAGAAUGAUCUGAAUGAAACUGAAGUGGAUUUUAAGACUGAGUGUCAUAGUCCAGUAUCUGGACCCUCUUGCUUUACACAAGCAGCUUCUUGCUCAAGCCCCAGUUCAUCUGUGUCUAGUACUAAUGUGAAGUUCACUGAUUCUGCGCAUAUGGACACAAGUCUCACUGGAGAGCUUAAACAAACAAAUGAAGCAUCCUCUGACCCUAAACAGACUGUUAGUAUCAGCUCUGAGCUUGAGGAAUUAGAGAAAAGAAUGCAGCAGCCAAAGCCUCACUGUGAAGAGAACCAAAAUGUAAGCACAGAGAUUCCCUCUCACCCACCUCCUAAACAACAACAGAUUUCCUGCACAUCUGAAACAAGCCCAGCUCCAUCAAAGUGCUCCCAAACUAUAAUUAGUAAUUUGGAUAUUCCUUCAACAGAGCAACAACAGCAACAGAAACCAGCCCAGGAUAUGAGCCCUUACCACUGCAUCCAAUGCAAAUUGAGCUUCCCCUCAUUUGAACAUUGGCAAGAGCACCAGCAAAUGCACUUCCUUGCCCAAAGUUACUUUCCCACCCCACAGUUCCUAGACCAUCUUUUAGACAUGCCUCUUAUGCUGUUUGAUCCUGCUAAUCCUCUGCUUGCAAGGCAUCUGCUUUCAGGAACAAUUUCCCAGACAGUGGCAAAUCAACCCGCAGUGACCACCAUUCCCGAUUCAACCAUAAACUCUCUGAAGAGGAAACUUGAAGAGAAAGCAGGAUCAAGUUCUUUCGAAAAUGACUGGGAAAAUAAUGGGGAGGAACCCCAGCGAGACAAACGUAUGAGGACCACUAUAACACCUGAGCAGCUAGAGGUAUUAUAUCAGAAAUAUCUUUUGGACUCCAAUCCAACACGCAAGAUGCUUGACCAUAUCUCCAACGAGGUUGGUCUUAAGAAACGCGUGGUUCAAGUGUGGUUCCAAAACACACGAGCUCGAGAGAGGAAAGGCCAAUUUCGGGCACUGGGUCCAUCUAAAAUCCAUCGUCGCUGCCCAUUCUGUCGAGCUCUUUUUAAAGCACAGACUGCUCUUGCUGCCCAUAUACGUUCACGUCACUGGCAUGAAGCUAAGAAUGCAGGCUGUAGUAUGGCAAUUCCUAAUAUGACUCAAGAUCAGGAAGGUUCUCAAAUCAAAUCUGAACCCUUUGAUUUUGCCAAUUAUUCUCAGUUUUUGAACUCCACUGAUGACUCUCCAGUGUGCAAAAGCAUGGACCGGUCUUCACAUCAGCAGCGUCUGAGCCCAAAACCUUUUAUAGGUGAUGAUAUGGAAGAUUUUGAGAUGCCUUCUAUGUCAGUUUAUCAAAAUUUUGAACAAAGCAAGCUGAAUAACUGCGACACUAACACAAACACGACCCAUGACCAUACAACUGAUGAAGGACAUGACUCACUAGAGGCUACACAUGGCAGUAUUGACCACAUGUCUCCCAGCACUGAAAGAGAGGCUUCUUCUGAAAGUGAUGAAAAGAUGUCUUCUGGAUUGGUUAGCCCUUCAAUGAGCUUUAAUGCUAAAGAUUUUGAUAAUGAUUUAGUCUUGGAUUACAGUGAAAAUUCUAGCCUGGCUGAUCCAGCUUCACCAAGCCCUGGUAGCUCCAACAGUCAGAGCUUUGAUAAUGACAGACACAGUCAAAAACGCAACCGCACUCAGAUGACCAACCUGCAGGUGAAAGUGCUCAAAGCCUGCUUUAGUGACUAUAAAACCCCAACAAUGCUUGAAUGUAAAGCCUUGGGCAAUGACAUUGGACUUGCCAAGAGGGUUGUUCAGGUGUGGUUUCAGAAUGCUCGUGCAAAGGAGAAAAAGGCCAAGCUUAGCCUUGCAAAGCAAUUUGGCACAGAGAGUACUUCUAUUGAUAGACCUAAGACAGAGUGCACUCUUUGCUCUGUUAAAUACAGCAGCUGCUUGUCUAUUCGUGACCACGUACUCUCCCAGCAACAUCUUACUAAAGUUAAGGAGGCCCUGGGUGGCCAGAUGGAGAGAGACAAGGAAUAUUUAGGAUCAAUAUCUACUCGUCAGCUGAUGGCACAGCAAGAGGAGGAUCAUCUAAAAAAUACAAGUUAUAAUCUGGGAAUUGUCCAACCACAAAAUAUGCUGAGCUCAGUAGGCCUUAACCAAACUGCCCUUCAUUGUCUGAGCCAGUCUUCAAUGUACUCAAGUCUGCAGAUGCAGACCACUGCAAGCAUGCCAGGUGGUAGCAGCACAAUGACUGAAGAUUUUUCUUCCAUAAAAACAGAAGGUUCCAGGGACCCUCCUGUACAUGACCUGACUUGCAAGCCAACCACAACACCCUCUUCUGCCAUAUCAGCUAUGGAUGAUAAAGAUGUAAUUAGCACAACCAACUCUGUCUUGACCCCAAAGACCACAGAACAAGAAUUCCAGUUUCCAAAAGAAAAUGACACUGAGAGUAGCAGAAUUCCCGCAAACAAGCUUGACAGUACUCCAUUGGGAAAUUCAAAUCGUGCAAACUCUUCUCGCAAAAAUAAAGAAAAGUCAGACUCUUUCAGACCAACAGUAUCUACACCAAAUAAUGGAAGAGAGUGUGCCAUGGAUCCAACUCAGCUACAAGCUCUUCAUUCAGCAAUGAAAACAAACCACACUGCUCUGCUCCCUAGUCCCCUCCUGCCCUGUCUGAUGCCUGGCUUCCCUCCACUUUUUUCUCCCCAUAUUCCCACACCUAUGCCUGGAGGCCUCCUGCAGCCCAUGUUUGGCAUGGAUAGCAUGUUCCCAUAUGGUCCAGUCUUGCCACAGGCUCUGAUGGGGCUGUCCCCGGGCUCCAUUCUCCAGCAAUAUCAACAAAAUCUGCAGGGUGCACUGAUGCAACAAAGACUGCAGCUGCAACAGAAACAUUUAAUGCAGCUACCAGAGAAACCAAAACCUAGCCAAAUCUCCGCUCGCCUCAAUGCAGACGACACUGUUUCAUCCAAACAUGACAAGAAGCAAGGCCCGACCAAUAGCACAGAUUCCCCCUUCAUAAACGCUGUCAACACUAAGCAGCCAGAAGUGGACAAUAAUUUUCUUCUAAGCCACUGUAUUGUCUCCAAAACAGAAUGUAGAACAGAAGGCAAUGAUGGACAUCUUUAUGACUGUCUCGCCUGUGAGGUGUCUCUUCCUGGGAAUGCAGAGCUCAUCAAACAUCUGGAGUACCCUCAGCAUAUACAAAGAGUUACAGAGAGACUGAAUGCCAAAGAGCAUGCUUCUCCUCAAUUACCUCAUAUCAGUCCCUCAUCUACCUCUCAGUCAAACCCAUCCAGUGAACAGAGAUCUUCUACAACUGCCCAGUCUUCUUUAGGGACUCCUUCUGCAACCUCCAUCCCUAACCCAACCAAUUCUGACCAGCCCAAUAGACAUCUCCAAAGCUCACCGGCUUCUCCCUCACAUCAUGUUCUUUCGCCUUCAAAUGUAACCUCAAGCCUGGCAAGCCCUGCAAAGACUUGUCAUGUAAAACCAAUUGACUUGGUUUUGGACUUGGAUGGGCGUUGUGACAGCAACGAGUCAGAGGAGGGACAAGACUCAUCAUAAUAUAUUAGAGCAAGAGGUUUGAUGCCUUCUAUAACCAUUGUUUUUAUGGCUUGGACACAGUCUGAUAAAAGACUCCAAAAAAAAUUAAAAACAAGAGGAAAGUUACACAAAAUGUCUCCACUGUAGAUUACACUUGGGGAAAGCUAUGACCCAGAGUUAGUUUGGCAGACUGUUUUAAAAGGACUGAAUCCUGUAGGAUCCAACUUGCAUUAACAGAGCUUGUAACCAAAAACAAGUGUCAGUAGAAUGUUUUUUUCCAAUUUAAUAUGCUGGUUUUUAACUAAAACUUGAGUAUAAAGUGUUUGGAAACUAAAGGGUGCACAGCUAAAGACUGGUGAAGAACCUAAGAUGGUUUCAUGAUUACCUAACUAACCAAAAGUCUGUUUAUAAUGCAUACGUUAUAACAGACAUAAAACAUACAUAAAACACCCACACUAUUUUUGCCCUGUCAAGUGUUAAGAUAUUAUAUUAUUGGCUUAAUGAAGUUAUGUAAUGUAUCUUGAUGUUGUCUUCUCUCAGGUCAACAGCUCUCAAUUUUGUUCUGUUACAAGACAUACCAAUAGAAAAUAUACGAAGCCCAAAAGAAAUGUGUAAUGAAUGAAAGUGUCCAAUUCUGUUUUGUUUUGUUUUCAAAGUCCUGAAAUUGCAACUAAGCUAGUAGACGUUCUUUUUUUUCUUCUUCUUUUUUUCUUUCUUGGACAUGUACUUGUCCAGACACAAAGUGUAUUGCAGACUGUUGUAAAUUGUGGAAAAAUAUCAUUUAGCCUUUUUUCUUUUCGAAAAAAAAAAAAAAAAAAUUGUUAAUGGUAGAUACAUGUAUGAACAUUUUGGUGUUGCGUAGAUUGUUGGAUUCAAAUGACUUAAUUGUAUGGUAGGUUAAAACAAAUUUACAAAAUUACUUGCAUAUUUAACUUUUGUAUUGUCCCAGUCUAAGACACUUGAGGCUGUUAGGCAUGCUUAUAUUAAAACAUAGCAUUUACCCUCUAAUGCUGUUGAAAAUUGUCACUGUACAACCAACUUCCUCUCCUGCUCUGAGCCAGGUUGAAAGACCCUAUCUGUGUAUGAAUUAGAUCAAUGCACAUCUAUAAGAUAUUAUCUAUUUUUGUUGUCUUCUAAGCAGAACAUUUCGAUUGUGCACUUAUUUUUUUUUCUUCUUCUUCUUUUGCCUUGAAUACUGUAAUUUCACUUUUAAGGCAGUAGUUUUUUUUGUUUUAUUUCUCCUUCACUACAUGGUAUUGUAUUCCUUAACAUUUCUGCACUUGCCAUGACUAACAAUAAUUACAGUGAUGAUAUUAUGAAACAAUAAUAACUUACAGUAUUGCUUUAAUGGAAAAUCCAAAGAUAAAGUAGUCUUACCAUUGGUGCAUACAAAGGAUGUAAAAAAAACUUUAUACUUUAAAAAAUAUUACUGUUUUUAACGAAUGUUAAUUUUCAGAUGAUGGAGCCAGCUACGAGAAACUGUUUUAGCUAAUUUAUUAGAACAUUUCUGACCUCAUUUAUGAAACAACCAGAGAACCAAAAAUAAAAACAAAACAAAACAGAAAGCUUACUCUGAGGAUGUGGAACAGCACUGUUGUGCAGCCAUUGAGGUUUGUAUUAUAGAGGUGGAGAUUACAGUUUGCUUGUCUGUGUCUGGCCUUUCUUUUUGUCUGGUUAUCUCUUUUGAUUUUGUUUCUUCUCAUUUUUUUCUACUAAAUGUACUGGGUCUAAUUGUUGAGGAAAUAGAGUGUGCUGCUAAUGUAGGUUUGUACUAAGAUGCAUGCUUGAUUUUGCUUUUCGCUGAAGCUUUAAUGACAACCAUCAGUAACAACACACACUGUUCCUGUUCCACUGCAGUUGUGUCCACACAUGACUGUGAAGACUGUGACUCUCCAUGAACUACAUUAUGUUCCCCUCUUAGCCAACCAAUGUUGAAAACCAAUGAUGUUAUAUUUAUACAAAGUUUGCAUUCCAAAUAUCACAUUUGUCAUUUCAGUUGAUUUUGUUUUGUUUUCUUCAUUGUAUCCUACUUCUAAGGGGACUGUGACGUAUGCUCUCACUCCUGAGUCUGGACAUGCUGUGAGAGACUGUUUACUCUGCGUGUUCUUGGAAAUGUUAUUACUGUAGCGAUCGCCAAAUAAUGUAUGUUCAUGAUGCACUUGUGUUUAUUCAUGUGACUCACUGGGCUAAUGUCUCCUGUCCUCUUAUAUACAAGCGUUAAAAGUGAAUAAAAUCCUUUUAAAAAUC